UUGAACUGUCAAUUAUGACGUGCUGAGACUUGACAGAUGACACUGUUGACAGUAUUUCUAUCAUCAUCUCUACUUGCAAAAUAUUUUUGUCAUGCGAUUAAUAUUUUGUCUAUCGUAGAAAUGGCUGAGUUGUUGUUUGUUCCUUUGAAAAAGUCUUCGGACGUAGAUGUCGUAAAGCCACUGAAGAACCUAAUCCAGUCGACAUACAACACUGGUGAGAAUCAGGAGGAUUAUUCUGAGGCGCUCAAUGAACUCAGUCGCUUGAGGACCAACGCCAUUUGGAAGGUGUUCGAGAAGUCUUCAUUGGAGAUUUUAUACAGUUACUAUGAUCAGCUCGCAUCUCUGGAGAGCAAGUUGCCGCCACAGGAGGUGCAGGUCCCGUUCAAGUGGAAAGAUGCCUUUGACAAGGGUUCGAUUUUUGGAGGCCGAAUGAGUCUCACGGUGUCGUCGCUGGCGUUCGAGCGCAUGUGCGUAUUAUUCAACAUGGCGGCGCAGCAGAGCGCCCUGGCCGCGCAGCAGCCGCUCGACACAGAAGACUCGCUCAAACUCGCCGCCAAGCUGCUGCAGCAAUCAGCGGGCAUCUUCGGCUACCUAAAGGCGAACGUGCUGCUGGCGGUGCACCAGGAGACCACGCCCGACCUCGCCCCCGACACGCUGGCCGCGUUGGCCGCGCUCAUGCUUGCGCAGGCGCAGGAGGUCAUCGUCUACAAGUGCAUCAGAGACGAGAUGAAAGACAGCAUGGUAGCGAAGGUCUGCGCUCAAGCGGAAGAGUUGUAUACGGAAGCGUCGAGAGCAAUGCAACGGGAUCAAGUGCGGCAGCUGUGGGAGCGCUCGUGGCCGCCGGCCGUCGGCGCCAAGCAGGCGCUCAUGCGCGGGCUGGCGCAGUACUACCAGGCGCAGGUGUGCCGGCAGAACAAGGCGGUGGGCGAGGAGAUCGCGCGGCUGCAGCUGGCGACGGAGCAGCUGCGGGCGGCGGCCGGCGGCGGCGCCGGCGUCGCCGGCCCGGCCGCCGACGUCGCGCCGCGCGCCGCGCGACAGCUGGCCAGCGCGAUAAAGGACAACGACUUCAUCUACCACGAGCGCGUGCCGGAGCCGCGGUUGCUGGAGCCGGUGCCGCGCGCGGGCGUGGCGCGGCCGCUGGAGCCGCCGCCGCGCUGGGGCGCCGGCAAGGACCUGUUCGCGGCGCUCGUGCCCGCCGCCGUGCACCAGGCGCUGCAGACGUCGGCGGCGCGCCGCUCCGAGCUGAUCAACGCGGAGAUCGGCAAGCUGCGGGACGCGACGGCGCUGCUGAACAGCAUCCUGGCGUCGCUGAGCCUGCCGGCCUGCAUCGAGGGCUCCGCCGGCCUGCCCGCCUCCAUCCGCGACAAGGCGGCCGCCGUCCGCGCCGCCGGCGGCGUCUCCGAGCUGCAUCGCCUCAUGCAGGAGUUGCCGGAGCUGCUGCAGCGCAACAAGGACAUGCUGGACGAGGCGGAGCGGCAGCUGCGCGAGGAGGCGGAGGCGGACGCGGCGCUGCGUGAGCAGUUCGGCGCGCGCUGGAGCCGCACAGCGUCGCCGCAGCUCACGGCCGCCUUCCGCGCCAACGCCGACAAGUACCGCCAGAUCAUCGACAACGCCAUCCGCGCCGACAACAUCGUGCAGCAGAAGUUUCAGCAGCACAAGGAGAACAUCGAGCUGCUGAGCGGCAGUGAGGGCGACAUCAGCGCGGGGGUGCCGGCGGGCGAGGUGGAGGAUGCGGAGGAUGCGGGGGCGCUGGCGGAGCUGCGGGCGCUGCUGGGGCGCGUGACGCAGCUCAAGGCGGAGCGCGACGAGCUCGAGCGCGCGCUGCAGGACGUCACGCUCGACCUCAAGGACAAGUUCCUGUCGGCGCUGGCGGCGGACGGGGCGCUGGACGAGCCCGCGCUGUCGGCGGCCGCGCUGGGCGCCGCGCUGCAGCCGCUGCAGCGGCAGGCGGCGGCGUCGCUGGCGGCGCAGGAGGCGCUGGUGGCGGCGCUGCAGCCUGCGCAUGCGGCGCUCAUGCGCGCGCGCGGCGGCGCCUCAGGCCGCGACCGCGUGCUGGGCCGGCUGGCGGCCGCCAGCGACGCCUUCCAGGACCUCACCUCCAACCUCCGCGAAGGCGUCAAGUUCUACAACGACCUCACGCAGCUGCUGCUAGCGUUCCAGAACAAGGUGUCGGACUUCUGCUUCGCGCGCAAGACGGAGAAGGAAGAGCUACUGAAGGACCUGACGCAGGAGGCGUCGCGCCCCGCGCGCCCGGCGCCCCCGGCGCCCGCGCCCCCGCAGCGCCCCGCCGACGAGCCGCCAGUGGUUGCGCAGCGCUCGCCGCCGCCGCGCCCCCCUCCCCCCUCCACCAGCGGCGCCGCCGCCCCCGCUGCCUCCGCCCUGCCCUACCCGCAACAACCCCAAGGCAUGCCCGUGCCGUACGGCGCAGCCGCGUUCGCGUACUACGCGCCGCCGCCGAUGCCCGCGCUCUACAACCCGUACGCCACGCUGCCCUACCCCCACCACGCCCGCCUGCCGCCUGCGCAGCCCUACCAGCCCUACCAGUACCCGGCGCCUGCGCAGACCGACUUCCAGCCGCCGCCGCCGCCCGCCGGCUACAACCCCUACCCGCACCAGUAAACUACCCUACGUCAGCGUCCACACACAUCGAAAUGCAAAUACAUUGAUAACGACUGUUCUGUGAAAUAUAAAACAUACCUCGAUCACUUUCCAUUUACCAGAGUGAGAUUCGGAAUAAGGAGGCACCGCAUAAGUGUGGGACUGAGCGAGCGAUCGAAUUUAACCAAUAACCCUCUAGAGCAAUCUACAUUGUUCAUAGUGCUGUAUGUGGAAAAUAAUACAUAUGAUACUGUAUAUGAUUACUAUGCAUUAUCUAUAUCUUAGGUUAAAGAAGGUGCAUGAUCUGUUACGUGUGUUUGGAGGACGUGAAUGUUGAGGCAUUUUGUAAAACUUAAGGCUCAAAAGUACUAACCAAUAUUAAUGUAAUGUAAAUUAUUAACUAUUCCCAAUGUUGAACUGCACGGCGUCGCCACAUACAAUAUAGGUAGUUGUGAAACCAAAACAAUGGGCCGGCAGCCGCAUGGUGGGGGAGCAUAGCUGUGAUUGUUUGCCUUGAAUCUACGGCCGAAGAAGAUGGUGGUAUACAGGUCGCGGCUGUUAAACUGUUAUAUUCGUAUAUUAGAUUGCAUAUUAUAACCCUCACGCCAAUGUAAAUUUAUAAUAUUGUAAUUUGACUAUUUAUUAGUUUUCAAUGAAAUAUAUGUACGUUUACUAAUCUAUCUAGAAUAAAUUAUGUUUUUUAUGA